AGACCGCACCGCGAAUCUCCCGAGAACAGUCGCUUCCACGGCCUCGUAGCGGGCGAGUUGCUGGUCCCCUUGGAAAAAAGGAAAACACGCUCUCUCGUCGCGGCGACGAGUGUAAUGGCUACCGUGGGCCUAGGAUAACGGUGGAGGCGGUAUUCGGGUUGUUUGAUCGAGACGAUUCAGAAUUACGGGACGUUUUAUCGGCCGGCUACGAUCAGUGAAAAAAUUUAGAUUCGCGCGUGUUGAACUGCCGCUCCGCCGUCGAAAGGAAUCGUGGCUUCUAUAACCCUCGCAAGGCGAGGAAGAGUGCGUGUACAUCAACUAGUGCAUCAGUGUACUUAAAUGUGUGCCACAACAGCCAUUGUCGAGUAGCGUGUAUCGUACGUAGUGUGCCGGUCAACGGAACGUCGUCUACUCUGGAUAUAACUGGUUGUUCGUCUUACCUUUUUGGAUUCUACCCCUCUUGAUUAACGAACACGUCGAUCGAUGGAAUGUUAGAGACCUUGCGGGACUGCAGCCGAGACAUCGAGAAACAGUCUGGGCCCGCGGAAUAAUUCGGAGCAACGACUUCCCUCGCUUCCUUCCACGAAAACGGCCUCCUAUUAUUAGGCCGCCGUUGAAUACCAGACGACCGCAAUAAGCAAGACCGUCGGCCCUGUUUUUCCUCCUCGUUUUCCUUCGUCGUUUUUUCUUCAAAGAAAACAAGUUCGAUUUUAUUGGAAAAAUUGUGCCGAUUUCUUUGGAUACGAUUGCAUGGUGCUACGCUGUUCAACGCUUUGAAAAGGUGUUCCGGUAACCGUGUCACGGGGAGAGUCGGCCGAGGAGGGUUGCAAGGAGAGGCGAAAGAGAAGGAAUAAUCUCGGAAGGAGAGGCAAAAGAGAGAAAGAGAGAGCGAGGAGAGAAGAGGAGGCUGCAAAGUGGGAGCCGCGCACACGUUCCGCCUGGUGAAAUGAAUGGACGCGGCGUAACCACGGAGGCAUCCCAUCCAGAAGGAACUACUUCAGACUGAUUCCAGACAUUAAAUGUACCCUCAGGAAUUCAGGUUUCGCCCGAGGCUCCCGCGAAUCUGGGAUGGCUUCGAGCAAUGAUGAUAUCGGAUUAAACCCGGCCAGCAACAAGCACCACGCCGAUGUUUCGUCGUCCGUGAAAGUAGAUAGGUUUUAAAUCGAGUCUGCCGGAAACAAGGAAGAGAGUCAGAGAGAGAGAGAGGGGAAGAGCCGCCAGUGACGUUGUUACACCGGCGAAGUAAUCCACGGUUUAUUGAAUCCCGAUGAUAUAAUGGCCGCGCGCCGGCAAUAGUUCUUCGAGGGAAACGGAAGAGCAUCGCGUCUCCGGCAGGAGAAAGGGGUGUCGUCCGGGAGAGAGAAGAUCGCGCGCGAGCCACCACCACCACCGGGAGCACAGAGCGGAUGCGUUUUCAGCUUCGGGGUUGCCUGGGAGAUGUAGAUAGACAUCCGCGGCGAAGCGAGGACAGACGGUUGCCGGAAUUCGUAGGGUUCGAGGCGGGAAUUGGAGCGGGUCGAAGACCGAAGGGAAUCGACCGGAGAUAUCAGGCCGGUGAUAACGGCGAUUCCGGUGCCGUAGGGAAAUGCAACAGAUGCCGAUGAUAAGCGGCGCCGGGCCGCAACGGGGAUCCGCGACGAACAACGCGGACUGAGCUACGUUACGUUUAGGAAUGUAAUAAUAUCUGACCCGGGUAUUUUCGCGGUGCGCGAGACUCGAAGGCUAGAGACACGCCGGGCGAGAGCGGGACAGAGAAAGAGAAGACGUGAUCCCAGAGGAUUCUCGUUCGCGAAGGUAUUCGAGAGAGAGAGAGAGAGAGACGGGUCUCCGCAAGUGUCCUUACGUCAAUUAGAGUACCUAGGAGCCGACGCCGCGAUAGUUUGGCGAACUAGCCUUUCACCGCCGGUUAUGGAAUGAACCGAUGCUCGGCUGAGUCGAACGAUUCACCGUCGUGGUCCAGCAUCUACCGCCGAGCGUUGCCGUCAUGACCCCGACGAUGCGUCCGUUCCUGGUCGCGGUGCUGCUGAUGAUGGCGACCUGCUCGGCCGUGUGCAGCGCGAGCGGCGACGGGGUGCCGAACAGCCCUAACUUCGACCUGGACAAGACCGCGUUCGAGAGGGAGCUCGCCGCGAUAUUCAGCAAGGUGGCGCACAACUCGGCGACCACGAAGCGCAGCGUGCCGGCGUACGACGCCCAGGUGUCGGCCAGCACCACCCUGUCGACGGUGCCCUCGUCGUUGACCACCACGACCACCAGCACGACGGCCAGCCCGUCGUUGCCGCCCGUAAGGUAUCCUGUUCCUAGAGCGACCAUGUCCCCGGUCUUCAAAGAGCUGCCCUCCUACGCGCCCCCGUCCCGCGCCCUCUUCACGCCGCCCCUGCCGCCGGAGUAUCUUCACCCGUUCGCGGACAAGCCCACCUUGAGAGGAACGAACCACGACGUUCACUCGGGCCCGAAGAGGCCGGUGCCGCCGCCGAGCGGAACGCCGGCCCACGAGAGGAUACCGAUCAGGCCCCCGGAUCUCCAGGGACCCUCCCAGAUCCCGGAGAGGCACUCGCACUCGCGGAACAAACCGCUGAACACGCCCAGCAAGGAGCAAAGCCCGGCGGAGUCCGGCGAGCUGGACAGGAGGAACAACACGAACGAGUUCGUGCCAACCCUCCACUAUCCCAGCAUAUCGAGGAUACUCUCGGGCAGCAACGGCCGGAAACAGGACAUCCCGGAGAUCCUGCUGAAGCCGUUGGCCACGAAGAGCCCGGCGCAGAACGCGCCGGUGGUGCCGACCACCGAGAAGAUGACCACCGCGUCCAGCACCACUGCCAGGCCGACCAGCACCCUGGACUCGUCGAGGUCGGUCACCCAGCCGACGAUCUUCAACCUGCCGAACACGAGGCGGCACGACGACGACGGCUACCACGGGCUGAGGAACGAGAACGGCUACAAGACGGAGAACAUCGAGAUCAUCGACACCGAGAGGCUGCCGUACCCGCAGCCGCAGCCGCCGGCCCCGGCGCCGAAGAGGCCGAGCGAGGACAACGACCGCAACGUGCCCCAGGUCGAUCCUCAUCCGCUGGAGUCCACCUGGCGGAUAGCCUGGUCCCUGCACGUCUACGUGGCGGCCAUCAUGUUCACCCUGAUGGCCCUCUACUCGAUCUACAAGAUCGUCCGUUUCAACGAGGCGACCAACCUGCUCACCCAGUCCUACUUCCUCACGGUCCACCUGCUGCUGACCACCGUCUGCACCCUCAGGUGCUUCCAUCUUUUCUACGACGCGUACAACCUCGGCCACUCGCUGCCCGAGCCUCUGUCCCGGGUGCUGAUGUACCUGCCCGCGCCUCUGCUGUCGACCGCCUUCGCCACCCUGGUGCUGUACCUCGCCAGAUGCUCGGAAGCGCCGUCGUUGAACAACAAGUUCCUCUCGCCGGCAGCCCUCGUGCUCUCCUCCACGGUCCACGUGGUCCUCUGCGUCUCCCUGCACGUGUCCACCCACGUGCUCGGCUACCAAGACGAGGCGAAGAUCCUGCCGCUGAUCUGCCAGUGCAUCUACAUCAUCGUCUGCGUGACCCUAGGCCUAGGCUACAUGUACGUCUACCGGGUGGUCCGCUCGCAGAUUCAUCUAGCCAGCAACAAAGCUGCCGGCGCCAACCAUAUCGUCGGCGCCGAUCCAACCACCGUGGCCUUGAGCACCGCCAUCACCACCAGCAUCGCCACCGCGCUCUUCUUCAUACUGAUGGGCUUCGUGCAGCUGUACGGGAUCUUCGGGAACGUCCAGGAACGACCGCAGUCGUACCCAUGGCUAUGGUGGGGCUGGCAGUUCUCCGUCAGGCUGCUCGAGCUGGCGGUCUGCGGGCUGCUCGCCUGGGUCGCCAGCCUCUCGCAGUACCCCCUCAGGGAGAAGCAGCUGCAACAGCACACCGUCCACUCCGGGUUCGCGUUGUUCCCGUGCGGCAGCUCCACGUCCACGGAGAACAUGGACGACGUGCUCUAUCCGGCUAUCUGCAGCACCAACCAGGCGAUCCAGAAUUAUACGAUGAGAACCGGGAAACAGGUUUACGACGAUAGCUUCCCGCUGAACACGCUACCCGAGCAUUUGAACAUAUCAGGUACCUUCGAGAGACAUUCCAUUCGCAAGUCGGGCACCAUGGGCCAUUUCCCGCACGAAGGUCGCGGCUCGUUAAAUCGACACGGCAACGGGAUACAGACGCUGAGGAGCUCCGAGAACCGUGGCCGGCACACGCCGGUGCAGGGUCUGCACGAGCAGACGCCGACCACCGGGUCGACGAUGCUGGUCGCCGAGGACGGGUUCGUCAGGUUCCGAAGCCUCGGCGCCGAGGACGACGAGCUGUCCGACACGCCGAGCGUGGUCGGCACCCACGGCAGAGGAAGCUCGCUGGCCGGCAGCGUCCGAUUCAACGCGAGACAUCCGACCCUGCAGCACCAGCACUCCCAUCCGCACCCCCAUCAGCACCAGCAUCAACACUCGCUGCAACACCCCCAUCCGAGUCAGCAUUCGACUCACCAUCAGCUGUACAACAACACGUAAAGUCUGGCCGGCUACGUCGCCGGAUAGCGAUAUUGUUCCAUCGUUGACUCGUUUGUUGCAGAUGCUUGUGCCACUCUCGUCAACGAAAUAAAUAGGAUGUUCCAAGCUGUCGCGACUACGGUCUAAAAAAAAAAAAGAAACCUUGAAGAACUAAUUUUAUCUUAUUCUAUGUAAGAUAUGUCCUGUGUAUAGAUACCUACUUGCCAUUCGCAUUCUCCUGCUUCGCAUCCACGUCCGAGCCGACGAAUCCUUGGCCGUAUGGCAUCGAUAUUUAUUUGACGUUCUCAAUUAAGCGAAGAUGAAGACGAAGAGGAAGAAGAAGAAGAAGAAGAAGAAGAGAAAGAAGACGACGACGACUACGAUGACAAAGAAGAAAACGAGAAAAAAAAAGUAUACGGCGAACUCGCGUCAGAGUUCCUCUACCUGUUACGUGGGUAGUUUCAGGGUAUCUCGAAUUCUUGACCUUAUAUUAGGCACUUGGUACUUAUUAAGGUUCAUGUGAUUAACGAACGUUGUAUCUCUCGCGAGACCCAUAGGGGACAAAGCUUUCUUUCGUUUUUCCUUCCUUCGAGUAGCAAGAAACUCGGCUGUGGAAACGUAUCGGUGCGACAUGUGAUUCGUUGAAAGAUGCACGGUGCCUAAUCUCGGAUCCGAUGGAACUCCGUUCGUCCGGAAAUCCAUUCUCCGAUUCGCCGAAGCUGCGCAUUUGCAAUUGCGAACUUAUACGCGCGAUAAAAGCAUAGCCAUCCCGCGAAUACCCGCGAAAUUGCAUGCUCCGCGUAACGCGGAAUUGUCAACCCGAUGAGCGAUGCAGCCAAAGACCAGGUGAUUCUACGUCUUGAAGUGUAUGAAAAAGCGUAGGAUACUUUUACGGUAAUGGAAUGAUAAUCCACGGAAAAUAGGCUUCGGAUCUGUAUACGUUUACGGCUUAUACAAAUUUUCACGAUAUAGUAAAACGCUAUUUUGGAUCAGCAAAUACUGUUACGGUAAUGAAAUAAUAAUCCACGGAAAAUAGACUUCGGAUCUGUAUACGUUCACGGCUCAUACGAAUUUGCAUAAUAUAGUAAAACGCUAUUUUGGAUCAGCAAAUACUGUUACGGUAAUGAAAUAAUAAUCCACGGAAAAUAGACUUCGGAUCUGUAUACGUUCACGGCUCAUACGAAUUUGCAUAAUAUAGUAAAACGCUAUUUUGGAUCAGCAAAUACUGUUACGGUAAUGAAAUAAUGAUCCACGGAAAAUAGACUUCGGAUCUGUAUACGUUUACGGCUUAUAUAAAUCUUCACGAUAUAGCAAAACGCUAUUUUUGAUCAGCAAAUACUGUUACCACUAAGAACAAUGAGAAUAGAAAUUCGAUUCCGUUCCCUUAACGUCUGUCUAGAAAAAUGAAAAAUUGCACGAACAUCCGCAGUCGACAUCCGGCUGCAUCGCUCACCUCUCCUCCAUUCGAACCGACUCCCAUUCGCUUGAAACAUUUAAAUUUACACCGGAAGAACAGAGGUCCGUCGCGUCUUAUUUCUUGCCAGCAGCUUCCUAUUCGUUCUUCUGACAAUGGCUGCGCCCCCCGGUCAGACUUGACAUAAUUCAAUGACGCGGUCAGAUUGCUUGUAGUAAGCAUCCUGGCCUAUUCCUAUCCGGUUUCGUUUACGUAGUUCCGAAGCGAACGCCGUGCAGAGGCCACCUGUACACACCGAUACACGUGUCAUCUUCCUCGAGACCCCACUAGACCCCGCGCUGAUCGCGAUCGACAGGAGGAAGUAUAUUUUGUAAUGAACAGAGAAAAGGGAAAGAAAAACAAGGAAAAAAAUAACGAAGUGGAAACACAGAUUCACGUGGUCCAAAAAAGACGAGGCAGCGACGCGUACUCGGAGAGGAUCGAACGAGCCCCCUCCCCCUCCCCCCGGUGUAAUCGGCGAACGACGAAACGGGGAGAACAAGAGUGACACUAGCAAAAAAUUGGAGGAGAAGAAGCAAAAGACUACGGCGUUGUACAGUCGAUAAUAAUUUAUCACUCAGUCCAACUGUAAGAUUUAUUUAGCGGUUAAGAUUCGAUUAAAGAUUCCCUGUUAAAUAUAUAUGUAUAUAUAUACGUAUACAUAUAUAUGUAAACACACACACACACACACAUAUUAAGUUACGUCGGUGUAGCCGGUUAGAAGCUACUCUCGCGUUCGCUCGUAGCGACGGAUAUCAGCGAUUUCUGUUAAACGAGUUCAAUAUGUCGAGCGACCAACCACGUAACGAUGUUUCCUCUCCGCGUCGGAGACCACGAAGGAUUGAUCUUCGCACACAGGCCAGCAUUAGUUUGUUUUAAAGCCCCUUCCCCGACACCCCAACACACCCUCCCCCGUCUCCUGGAUCCCAUUGUGUUUCGUUCUCCUUUUACCGUUUAUUUUAACUCUCUCAAUAUUUCGUUCGACGGGCCGUCGACGUUCACGUGCUCCUACGUCGAGGCGUGAUUAUGUAUAAAUGUGUACACGCUUCUCGCGUUGAGAUCCUCGGCUCGUUUCAAAAUUAUCAUGGUCAGCUGUGCGUGCGAACAGUUUUGAAAUCGAUUCAGGUGCGUCGACUGAAAAUCGAUCAAAUUUAUUGUAACAUAUAUUUGAUUUUUUGAGGAGGUCAGUCUGGAGGCUGCGCGAACGUUCGCGUUGACGGCCCGGUCAGAGUUGUUCUCUGUACACGCGUCUGACGUUUCUUUUUUUUUUUAUCCCUCAGAACCUAAGGUACAAAAUAGUACUUUCUACCUUCUUCAACUUCGUAUAUCGAUAAUAGGUUUAAGCGGUAAAGCGCAGUGUAUAUGUUUAUAUGGACAAUGUAAAUAAGGUAUACGGGCUCGUCGUGAGUAGAUAUUAUUAAAUAUCGUUGCGAUAGAAUUCGUGCAGAUUCUAUCCGAUACGCACCCACCCCAUGGGAUUCACACGUACAAAAAAAAACACACGUUUACCAGUGUACGGCGGCGUGUGCAUGUACACGGCGGUACAUUGCAGAGAAUUGGUGGAGCAAAUACAGUGACUCUAUAUGAGAACGUGUAAGAUUGUAAGGCGCAGUCGAUACAAAUUUGUUCAUUCUUAAGCAACGGUUGCGUUCCCGAAUACCCGAGCGCCAACAGUUUUUUUUUCGGCACAGUGUGUUUACGUGCAUCGAGAAAGAAGCAUUUCUAAGGAACCGAAUCGAACGCGAAGUCGCUAAUUACCGCGGGUAUAAUGACAGAGUCGAGCGAGGCUGGCAUUAGGUUUUCGAGAUCGCCGAUUUUUCUUAGUCUCGCGGGAAAAUUUCAAUCCUCCGGAUCGGAAAAUUCGCUAUUUUCUUACUGCUCCGUCGAGUUGGCACGUGGAAAUUCGAUAGCGACGCUCAUGGGAGUCACCGUGUUUGCUCACGCGACAAUACAUUACACACCACUUGUAACAUCGUUCUCAGUUGUAAAUGCAAGGACUCGUUUUUAAUUUAUGCGAAGAAAUGGGAAAAAAACAAACGAACGAACACUGUAUUUAUUAUGUGAAAAAAAAAACAUUCCACAGCAAACGUGAUCAGUGUGAAUGCGACCGACCUUCUUUUUUCGUGGGAUUUUAAUUGCAAUUUUAGAUUAAACUAAUAGCGCUAACGAACGAGGAACAAGAAAUGUAAAUAAAAGCUUUUUUUGCGAAA